AUGUUCCGCACCGCUCCUCGUCUGGCUGGGUUCGUGUUCCGUGAGAACCGUGUCCCUUACUACCAGCGCCUUUUCCAGCAGCACGACGGCAAGCGCCAGUGGUGGAAGACUGAGCGCAGUGGUUACCUCAUGUGGCCCUACCUCAUCUCCGUCUACGGCAUGGGCAUCGCUACCACCUACGCUAUGGGUCGUAUGGUCUUUGGCCACAAGACCUGGCUCGGCAAGGCGUAA